AAAAACAAAAAACUCUCUUCUUUAAUUUGAUUCUUCGUCUUCUUCUGGUUUCUUUUAUAAUCAAUCUUCUUCUCAGAGAAGAGAAUUAAGAGAGAGAGAGAUAUGGGAGAUGAAGAUGUCAAUGGGAAGUGCAGAAUUAUGUCCGCAUGUUCCUCAGCUAAACUCUUUCUCUUCAUGGUUCCUCUUGUUAUCGUUUCUUGUUUCGUCUUUGUAAAUAUUGGUCCUAAAAAUCCGUCAUCUUUCUUAACCUCUUUAUCCACUAAUCAUCUCUCUCCUCCUCUUCUUCCUUCUUCUCCAUAUCUGCCUCCGGCGCCGGCACCGGCACCAUCUCCUCUGCAGGCGGCGACGGGAUUGUUGUCGCCAGCAUCAUCUUUAUCGACUAAAGUGGAAUUUUUUCAGGGUGAUAAUAACCGGACAGUUGGAUUGAACCCGAUCAACAUUACUUCAGCGAGUAACAACGUCACUUCAACGGCAUCAUCGGAACAAAUUAAGAAAAGAGUUAUGAGCAAUUUAGAGAAAAUCGAAUUCGAACUACAAAAGGCUCGAGUCGCCAUUAAAGCCGCUUCGAUGGACGAUCCCGUGGAUGACCCGGACUAUGUACCUCUUGGUCCUAUGUAUUGGAAUGCCAAGGUCUUUCAUCGGAGCUACUUAGAGAUGGAGAAACAAUUCAAGAUAUUUGUGUACAAAGAAGGUGAACCACCGUUAUUCCAUGAUGGUCCAUGCAAAAGCAUAUACUCUAUGGAAGGAAACUUCAUCUACGAGAUGGAAACAGAUACACGUUUCCGCACCAACAAUCCCGACAAGGCUCACGCCUUUUAUUUACCACUUAGUGUCGUCAAGAUGGUAAGAUAUGUUUAUGUAAGCAACUCCCAUGAUUUCAGCCCCAUCAGAAAAACCGUUAGAGAUUACAUCGAUCUUGUGAGCGAUAAAUACUCCUAUUGGAAUCGCAGCAUCGGAGCAGACCAUUUCAUACUUUCUUGCCACGAUUGGGGUCCUGAGGCAAGUUUCUCUCAUCCUCAUCUUGGACAAAACUCUAUCCGAGCUCUAUGCAAUGCCAACACGUCGGAGAGAUUCAAACCGAGGAAAGAUGUGUCAAUACCAGAGAUUAACCUACGGACAGGAUCUUUAAAAGGAUUAGUUGGUGGUCCUUCACCUUCUAGCCGUCCGAUCUUGGCCUUCUUUGCAGGAGGUGUACACGGACCGGUUAGGCCGGUUCUGCUCCAGCAUUGGGAGAACAAAGAUAAUGACAUAAGAGUUCACAAAUAUCUCCCUAGAGGAACGUCUUACUCGGACAUGAUGCGGAACAGCAAGUUUUGCAUAUGUCCGAGCGGUUACGAGGUCGCGAGCCCGAGGAUCGUCGAAGCGCUUUACUCGGGUUGCGUCCCGGUUCUGAUAAACUCAGGCUACGUUCCUCCGUUCAGCGACGUGUUGAAUUGGAGAUCGUUCUCGGUGAUCGUUUCCGUAGAAGACAUUCCGAAUUUGAAGACAAUCUUGACGUCGAUAUCGCCGAGACAGUAUCUAAGGAUGUACCGGAGAGUGUUGAAGGUAAGGCGACAUUUUGAGGUGAAUUCUCCGGCUAAGAGGUUUGAUGUGUUUCAUAUGAUUCUUCAUUCGAUUUGGGUUAGGAGAUUGAAUGUAAGGAUCCGUGAGGUCUAAGUUUAUGGGUCGGCUUGUGGAGUUUUUGUUUGUUUGGAGAUUGUGUUUUUUCAUUUCUUCAUUAAUUUUGUAAUAAACAAAUAAUAAUUA